AUGGUGCAAUCGUUGCUCACUUCUCGUUGGCCCGCUCAUCACACUCAACAUUACUCGCUACGGCCCUGGCUCAGAUCCGCUCAUCAGUUAAUACUCAGCGGGUACGGCUUCUCAUCGAUUCAGGUUACAUUUGUUUCAGAAUCACUCAUUCGUCAGCUCAACAUUCCUCGUCAUCAUUCUGUCAUUCUCAUUACCGGAAUUGGUGGCGGAAAGUCCACGCAAACUCGAGGAGUUGCAUUCCUCAAGCUCCGCUCACUUCGCUCAAGAUCAGACGUCAUUAUUCAAGCUCACAUUCUGCUGACGUUAACAAACAUCCUGCCAUCAUUCAACGCUGCACCCCAGGAAUGGCCGCAUCUCACCAAGUUAGCUGAUCCAGAUUUUCUGACACCACGGCCACUCUCAAUUUUCGGAUGGCUCGUUCUCGGACCUGUCGACACAUCAUCAUCGGCAUCUGCUGCAGUGCAUCAUGUAUCGAUUCAGGAGAGGGAAGAUGCUCUCGACGAGUUACUGUCGAGAUUUUGGACACAGGAAGAAGUGCCUGCGAGCAACAAUCUUGAGCUUACUCCUGACGAGCAAAGAUGUGAAGAACAUUUCAAGAGUACUGUUUCACGGGAUUCAACAGGUCGAUACACAGUUCGACUUCCACUAAAAUCAUCACCUGACACUCUUGGCGAUUCGUAUCUCACUGCGCAUCGAUGUUUGCAAAGUUUACAAAGAAGACUCUCCCGAGAUGACAACUAUCGACGUCUGUAUCAUCAAUUUAUGACAGAAUAUCGAGAUCUCAAUCACAUGAAGAAAGCUUCACCCGUUUCCAGUCAGCACACGCAAUAUUAUUUGCCACAUCACGGAGUGCUCAAACCAGACAGUGCAACCACGAAAUUACGUGUGGUAUUCAAUGGCUCGAGCGCAUCUACAUCUGGCCGCUCACUUAAUGAUAUCAUGCACACGGGAGCCAAGUUGCAUUUAGACGUCACCGAUGUCUUGCUUUGGAUUCGACAAUUUCGACACCUAGUUGCCACGGACAUCACCAAGAAGUAUAGACAGAUCAACGUGCAUGAAGAUGACUGGAACUUACAACGGAUUCUAUGGAUCGACGAACUGCUCAAUGAAGUGGCAUAUUAUCUAACCACGGUCACGUAUGGUACCAAGGCUGUCCCGUUCUUGGCAGUACGAACGCUGCUGCAACUGGUGGAGGACAAAGGCCAUAAUUUUCCCCUUGCAGUGCCGUCCAUCCUUCAAGGUCGAUACGUCGACGACAGCUUUGGAGGCGCUGACACUGUUCAACAGCUAAUUAAAAUUGCAUUGCAGCUAAAGAACUUGUGCAUGGCGGGCGGUUUUCCAUUGGCCAAGUGGUACGCGACUCAUCCAGACGUGCUCACUGCGGUUCAAGCAGAAGAAGACCAGGGCUCACAAAUUACAUUUGACGAUUGCGUAACCAAAAUUCUCGGAUUACAAUGGCUUCCUCAAGAAGAUUCAUUCGCAUUCUCAACAAGGAUCUCGUCGCAUACCGAUCAUCUCACUAAACGCCUCGUUUUGUCUGAAGUGGCUCAGAUAUUCGAUCCACUAGGCUUUGCAUCACCAGUCGUGAUCAAGGCGAAGAUGCUCUUACAGAAGCUUUGGCUUCAUAAACUCCAAUGGGAUGAACCACUGCCAUCCCAGCUCUCAUCACGGUGGCUUAUCAUCAGAAAGGAACUCACCAGCAUGCGCAAGAUCACAAUACCUCGGUGGUAUAACACAUGGAGUACAUCGUCAGUGGAAUUUCACGGCUUUUCUGAUGCUUCUCAACUGGCAAUAGCUGCAGUCGUAUUUAUCACCGCCCACGGCUCUAAUGGCGCCACGAUUUCAUUGGUGUGCUCCAAAACAAAGGUAGCACCACUCAAGCGGCUCACCAUUCCGAGACUUGAACUCACCGCAGCACUGCUGCUCUCAAGACUCAUGCAAUACGUUCAAGCCACAUUGAAGUUGACCGUUACAGCAACUCACCUGUGGACGGACUCUGUUGUGACACUCACGUGGAUCAAAUCUCAUGCAUCGCGCUGGAAGGAUUUUGUGAGAAAUCGAGUUUCUCAAAUUCAAGAGCUCACUGCGAACGCACAUUGGAAAUACGUACCAGGUACGUCCAACCCAGCCGACUGCGCAUCACGAGGAUUAAGUACUGCUCAACUCCAAAGCCACUCAUUAUGUUGGACGGGACCACCGUGGAUACUCACCCCUGAAGCAUGGCCAUCACAACCCGCGCUUUCAGACGAGUUGAGCGCGCAUGAGGCUCGUCCUGGCAUUGCGCUACAUGCGGCCACAUCUCAACUGGACUAUCACUGGGACCUGAUAUAUAGAUUCAUAUUGCUUCUGAGAAAGCGCCGAUACAAGCCACUGGACUUGCACUCAGCUUUGGAGGAGGCCAGAUUAUUCUGGAUCAAGGCUAUUCAAGCGGCAUACUUCACGCACGAGAUCAAGAUGCUCACGGCCAACUCGAGACUACCAACUGCUCACGCAUUCAGUCAAUUGACUGCGUAUAUAGACGCUCAAGGGAUCAUCCGAGUUGGCGGCCGCUUAACCAAUCAGCACUAG